GUGGAGGAGCGAUGGGUGCGGGGCUGCGAGGCGGGGAAGAAGCCCCAGGUCGGUCACCGCCGCCUCAGCGUGACCGCCUGGCGGGUGUGCAGAGAAGGCCAGCGCUGGAGAGGGCGCGGCUCGGCUGGGGGGCGGCGGGGAGCCCUCGCCGCCAGCCUCCUGACUGCUUUUCCCCUCAGCGUUCCCCCGGCGGAGCGCGCCCUGCGGCCGAAGGUGCGAUGUCAGGUAUCAGAAGAAGAAAAUGUGAGGAAGUCCUUUCUCUGAACAGCUGACUAUGAUUUUUCAUGAAUUUAUUGACCUGCUUUCCUGGAAGCAUUUGAAUUGCACUUGUGUUAAAGAACUGAUUGACACUGAAAAAAGUCGCUCAUCGCCAUCAGAUACCUUGUCUCCACUGUUGCCUCUCAGAGGUUACUAAAAUUGCUAAGACAGCACUACCAAAGCUUCACUUACUGCUGCUUGUGCCUCUGCCGUCCUGUGCUGCUGCUUUGCUCUUGCCUGCUGCAGAACAUAACAAGAGAUUUUCUUUUUCAAAUACCUGCAAUGAAACUUAGGCUAGAAGUAUGGACCAUUCUCUUGCUGCCUGUGUACUUGUUAAUAUCUGUGUACAGUAUGCUUGUAUUUAUUCCGUGGUAUUUUCUUACCAAUGCUAAGAAGAAAAAGGCCAUGGCAAAACGUUUAAAAGCUAAACCCACCUCGGACAAAGCUGGAAGCCCCUAUCGUGCUGUCACUCAUCUUGACUCGCUAGCAAACAUUAACAUUCCUGGAGCAGACACCCUGGACAAGCUGUUUGACCACGCUUUAGCCAAGUUUGGCAAGAAGGACUGUCUGGGGACCAGGGAAAUAUUGAGUGAAGAAAACGAAAUGCAACCAAAUGGAAAAGUGUUCAAAAAGUUAAUUUUGGGAACGUACAGGUGGUUAUCCUAUGAAGAAGUAAACGAGAAAGUGAAUCGCCUGGGGAGCGGACUGACCGCCCUGGGACUGACCCCGAGGAGUACUGUUGUCAUAUUCUGCGAGACCCGAGCGGAAUGGAUGAUUGCGGCUCUAGCCUGCUUCAAGUACAACUUCCCUCUUGUGACGCUGUAUGCCACCCUGGGUGAAGAGGCCGUAACCUAUGGACUCAAUGAGUGUGGAGCAUCAUACCUGGUCACUAGUGUAGAACUCCUUGAGAGCAAACUUAAGACUGCGUUGCCGCAAAUCUCCUGCCUUAAACAUAUCAUUUAUGUGGACAAGAAGACUAUCAAUAAAUCAGAAUACCCUGAAAACGUGGAGAUUCAUAGUAUGCAGGCAGUAGAAGAGCUGGGAGCCAAACCAGAAAACUCAAGCAUUCUGCCAAGCAGACCUGUUCCUACCGACUUGGCUUUGGUAAUGUACACCAGUGGCUCUACUGGGAGACCUAAAGGGGUGAUGAUGAUCCAUAAAAACUUAAUAGCUGGAAUGACGGGACAGUGCGAGAGAAUACCUGGACUGGGGCCCAAGGACACUUACAUUGGUUACUUGCCCCUGGCGCACGUGUUGGAGCUGACAGCAGAAAUCUCGUGCAUCACCUACGGCUGCAGGAUUGGAUAUUCCUCUCCGCUCACGCUGUCGGAUCAGUCAAGUAAAAUUAAGAAGGGAAGCAAGGGAGACUGUACUGUACUUAGGCCUACACUGAUGGCAGCCGUGCCUGAAAUAAUGGACAGAAUCUAUAAAAAUGUCAUGAGUAAAGUUCAAGAGAUGAACUAUAUUCAAAGAACUCUAUUCAAGAUAGGCUACGACUACAAAUUGGAACAAAUCAAGAGGGGAUACGAUGCACCUCUGUGUAAUGUACUGUUGUUUAAAAAGGUAAAGGCACUGCUGGGCGGGAACGUGCGCAUGAUGCUUUCUGGAGGCGCUCCGCUCUCGCCUCAGACACAAAGAUUCAUGAACAUCUGUUUUUGCUGUCCUGUUGGUCAAGGCUAUGGCCUGACAGAAACAUGUGGAGCUGGAACCAUUACAGAAGUUGCUGAUUACAGCACCGGCAGAGUUGGAGCUCCACUUAUUUGUUGUGAAAUAAAGUUGAGAGACUGGCAAGAAGGGGGCUAUACUACUAAAGACAAGCCUAACCCUAGAGGAGAAAUUGUCAUUGGCGGACCUAAUGUCUCAAUGGGAUAUUUUAAAAAUGAAGAGAAAACAACCGAAGACUUCUCCGUUGAUGAGAAUGGUCAGAGAUGGUUCUGUACAGGAGAUAUAGGAGAGUUUCAUCCGGAUGGGUGUCUGCAGAUCAUAGAUCGUAAGAAAGACUUGGUGAAGCUGCAAGCAGGAGAAUACGUAUCUCUGGGCAAAGUAGAGUCAGCUCUGAAAAACUGCCCAUUGAUUGACAAUAUCUGUGCUUACGCCAAAAGUGACCAGUCCUACGUGAUCAGUUUUGUGGUUCCUAAUCAGAAGAAGCUGAUGGCAUUAGCUGAGCAGAAAGGCAUCAGUGGAACCUGGGUAGAUAUUUGUAACAAUGCUACAAUGGAAGCUGAAAUACUGCGAGAGAUUAAAGAAGUGGCAAACAAGAUGAAAUUAGAAAGGUUUGAAAUACCCAUCAAAGUACGGUUAAGCCCUGAACCCUGGACCCCAGAGACUGGGUUAGUAACAGAUGCUUUCAAGCUGAAAAGGAAAGAACUGAAAAACCAUUACCUCAACGACAUCGAACGAAUGUACGGAGGCAAAUAAACAAGUUAUGUUGACCAGACAGUUGUGCAGAUGUUCCUUCCCAUGCCUCAAUGAUGCAUAUGUCUCUGUAUACUGUAGAUAUCACACAUGCGGAAAAUAUACCAAAUAGAUGAGUGUUUCCAUACUAUCUAUUGAGUACAACAGAGACUAUCUUAGACUCCAAAUUCGUAUUUAUUAGCUGAUUGUACACUGAUGGUCUUCAUAGAGUGUCAUGUGAUCAUCUCCAGUUUUGAGACAGACAUCAUUAUGUGGAGCAGUACACCAGGUAAUACUAUGAUUGUUGUUUCUCUGGCAUAUUCAGACUGCUUGCAACUUCUCUUUAAUUCACUCUGAAACCUGGCCUGUAUUUCAAAGAGAAAAAUCCACGUGACUGUGAUGAUUCUUCUGUCAUAGCAAGAUGCUUAGCAAGAGGGGAAAAGGAGUUUUUAAAGUCUACCCUCUCCAUUUAAAACUAAAACCAACAACAUUAGUCAAGAACUUGCUAGAGAUCACUGAUAAUGCACUGCUUGAGGAUGGAUGGACCCUUCUGCACAUCAGGUAGUGUCUUGAAUAUUUCCAGUGCCUAAAAAAGACUAGAGAGUACACUUACUGAAGUAAAGGUGAACUGAAAAGCUUUCUAAAACCAAGUUAUUUGGAAUUCCAUUCAAGAGUUAAUUAACUAUUUCAGCUUCCGACUCACCCAAUGUGUUUUUCCUUGCCACUGUGUUUUAAUUCAAGCAGACACACGGCAUAAAAGGAAUGAAAGACUCGUACUGCGGGAGGUACUGGUGAGAAACCAUCACCUGAAAACGCAAAACUUGCAUCUCCAGUGGCAAACCGCAGUGACAUCGACGGGCAGUUGUCCCCAACAUUUGAAACUCAAAGGACUUUUGGCUUUUUGUUCUGUUUCAUUUGUUUUCUCUGUGGUUGUUUGGGUGGUUUGGGGGUUUUUGGGGGGGGGAGGGGAGUGUUUGGUGUGGUGGUUGUUUUUUGGAGGGUUUUUUUGUUUGUUUGUUUUUUAAAUGAAUGUUUGGUUGUUUUGUUUUUAAGGCACUGAUCCUCUGGACCUUCACAUCCAUGCGAGUGAUGGUGCAGGUUACCUGUAUGUAAUUUAGAGGAUCAGGGUCUAAAUGUCUGUAUUCAACUGUACGGGAAGGUAUUUCUGUUCACCUUUUAAAGACAGUAAGCAUAACAAGGCAACCAGAAACCAACAGCAGUUUCCCCAUGUAGUCUUGUUUCACCUAUAGAAAAGUACUCUGUGGCCAGGGAAUCUUCAUUUCAUGGCACUUGUAAAAAGGGACAAAUCACUCUUUGCAGAAAAUCGUUACUAAAUGUUCUCUUAUUAACUGGAAGUCACAGAUGUGAAGAAGCAGGAAGAUACAAUUUAAUAACAGUUCGUUUUGUGUGCAGACUCCUGUGCUGUGUCUUCUUUCCAAUUGUAACUGAGCUCCUGCAUCCCCGCUCGCUCUUCACACUUGAACCAUCAAUGCUGUAAGCAGUGGAGGCUCUCCAUACUGUUCUAUUUGCACUUUCUUAAUUGUUUUAUAUAUGUUGCUUACACUUUGUACAGCUGUGGCCCUCAACUGCUAUAUAUUACAGAUUGAUUUUAAACUAUUUAUAGAUUUCUAUUCAUAAUAUUUGUGUUGUGUAUAUGAUGGUUAAGAAGACAAAAUAUCUGGUAUCAUCACUGUACAGAAAGUAAAAGGUUUUGUACAACGCUUGAGCGCACUGCCUUGCUAUUUCAGGGCAAGUUUUGCUUUUAUCGCAUGUAUGUGUAUUUUUCUUUUUGCCGGUUCAAACAGGUUUUGGCAAGAACAAACCGUGGUAUAAACUCAUUAACGGAACGCUCCCUUCCCACCUGUAACCGUGGCUGCUCCCGAACCCGCGUCCUCCAGGAACCCCAGGGAACGGCAAAAUCUGCUCUGUAAAGCUGGGUGUAUCUAUUUACGUGUGGAACUACAACACUCGCUGAACAGAACAAGGAAAUAGCUUUUCUAAAAAAGAAAAAUUCUAUUUUUUUGAGACACAUACUGUUGCUUUAUGACAACGGGAAAUAUUUCCCAUGUAUCAAUAGCAACUUUUUAAAUGACUCAGUCCUGGAGCCACGUUACCAGUUUUUCCAUUUUCACUAUUAAAUAGCCUUUCGUCAGCCUGUUAACAUCACAAAAGUUAAAUACAUGUUAGAAAGUUACUUGAGUCUGUCAGCAGGUUCUAUGGUUUGUUUUUUAAACCAUUAAUGUAUUUAUAUGAAACGCUUUUUAUCUAGACCGCAGCUAUCUUCUGUGUCUCGGUUGACUGAGGAUUGCUAUUUUCAAUAAAUAUAUGCACAUACACAACAUUAACAUUUCAAAGUGGAAUACAAUUUAAAUGGUUCAACAA